AUGUUCGAGGAUACGAUGGAAGAUCUUGAACAGACCAAGGACAAACUCGAGGCGGCCGAGAACGAGCUAGAAAAGACGCAGACCCGUCCGCAGAGUCAACUUGAUAAAGCGGAACACGACGCUAAUUUCUGGUACCGCGGCUGGAAAAACAUGGACAACAGUUACCAAGCUGCCGAUAGCACUUUGAAGGCACACGAACACCAAAUUCAUCAACUGGAAGCCGAGUUGGCGCUCGAGAAAGAGAGGGCGGAGAAGAACGAGAACGCUCAAAAGAUGCUCGAGCAACUCAAAAACCAAUGGUCGUUCUUCUCCCAUAUCCUCGGUAACGAAGACUCCGGACGCUAG